AACAAAACAAUCAGCUCCAGAGAAUUAUCCAGAAAGAAAACAAAUCCUCUUCUUCUUCUUCUCCAAAUUUCUCGAAUUCCAGUUUCAAGCAAUGACUUCUCUGCAAUUACACUUCUCUCUUCACUUCCUCCGUCCAAAACACCGUCUCCGCUACUCUCCUAUCUUCACUCCCCGCACCUUCCACUUUCCCGGUAAAAUCAAAUUCCGUGAAAGUUUCAGAAUCAAAGCCAAACCUAAUUCGUUCCGUUGCUUCACUCAAUCGGAUGCGAAGGAAGUAAGUUUAGCUGAGAAAGAAGAACGAUCUCCGUUUGACAUCAAUCUCGCCGUUAUCCUCGCUGGUUUUGCUUUCGAAUCCUAUGCUUCACCUCCGGAAAAUAUUGGGAAGCGUGAGGUUAAUGCAGCUGGAUGUAACACUCUCUAUCUUUCUGAGUCAUUUGUGAGAGAGAUAUAUGAUGGACAAUUGUUUAUUAAACUCAAAAGAGGAUUUGAGUUUCCUGCUUUGGAUCCAUGGGGAACGAGUGAUCCUUAUGUAGUGAUGGAUUUGGAUGGUCAGGUUGCUAAAAGCAAAACCAAAUGGGGGACAAAAGAGCCAAAAUGGAACGAAGACUUUGUUUUUAAUAUCAAGCUACCUCCUGCAAAAAAGAUAGAGAUUGCAGCUUGGGAUGCAAACCUUGUUACCCCACAUAAACGGAUGGGGAAUUCCGAAAUCAACCUGGAAUCCGUUUGUGAUGGAAAUUUGCAUGAGGUGUUAGUAGAACUAGACGGAAUUGGAGGUGGUGGGAAAGUUCAACUGGAGAUUAAGUACAAGGGAUUUGAAGAAGUUGAAGAAGAAAAGAAGUGGUGGAGGUUCCCGUUUGUUUCAGAAUUCCUUCAAAGAAAUGAAAUUAAGUCAGUUCUGAAAAAUUUUGUUGACUCUGAAGCAGUUGAGUCAGUUUUGAAAAAUCUUGUUGACUCUGAAGCUGUGCCAGCACGUCAAUUUGUAGAGUAUGCCUUUGGACAGUUAAAGUCACUCAAUGAUGUCCCCCUUAAGAAUAUUAAACUUCUAAACAAUGAUGCGGAGGACUCUGAAGGUGAAAAAAACUCUGAUGAUCAUUCUCCAGCGGUAAAUAUGCUUUCUGAUGGGGCUAGUGCAGAGGAUUCAUCCGAUCAAGAUCGCAGUACUGAUCUGAGUAGUUCAGGAAAGCUUACCAAAGAUAAAGAUGGUGAUGGCCACAUCAAUGAACUGGAGGGUGACAAUGAAAAUGGCAGCAUUCAGUCAGAAAGUAAUUUCUGGGAUAACAUCCCUGACAUAGUUGGUCAAAGUAUUGUUCAGAAACUUGGCCUUCCUUCACCUGAGAAAUUGAAGUGGAACGGAAUGGAACUACUGGAAAAAUUUGGUUUACAAUCACGAAAAACUGCAGAAGCCGGUUACAUUGAAUCAGGGCUUGCCACUGCUGAUACUCGAGAAGGUGAUGAUAAAAAGGAAGAUGGCCAGCUCGCUAUUAAUGCGACCAAGUCUUCCCUUGCGGACAUGAAGAAUGCGACACAAGAAUUGCUUAAGCAGGCUGAUAAUGUCUUUGGUGCAUUAAUGGUUUUAAAGGCAGUAGUGCCUCAAUUAAGUAAGGACAGUCUUGGUUCAGAGAAGGUCAUGGAAAAAGAUGGUGCUUCCAAUGUAACAGACGAUGUCUCUGGUUCCCCUAAGAGUGAAAAACUCUCUGGUCUAGUGACUGUUGAUGGAGCGGAUGAAAAGAACGCUGAGGAAAUGAAAACACUCUUUUCUAGCGCAGAAAGUGCCAUGGAGGCAUGGGCAAUGCUUGCAACUGCCCUGGGGCAUCCAAGCUUUAUCAAAUCUGAAUUUGAAAAGCUAUGUUUUCUAGAAAACGACAUCACUGACACACAGGUGGCAAUUUGGCGUGAUACCAGGAGGAAACGAGUAGUAAUCGCUUUCAGAGGAACUGAACAGACAAAGUGGAAAGACUUGCAGACUGAUUUGAUGCUAGUUCCUACUGGUCUGAAUCCUGAACGAAUUGGUGGGGACUUCAAGCAAGAAGUACAGGUCCAUAGUGGAUUUUUGAGUGCAUACGAUUCAGUACGGAUAAGGAUAAUAUCGCUGCUCAAAAUGGCAAUUGGCUACAUAGACGAUGUUGCUGAGUGUGAAGAUAAAUGGCAUGUUUAUGUGACUGGUCAUAGCUUGGGUGGUGCAUUAGCUACACUCUUGGCUCUUGAACUUUCGUCCAGCCAAUUAGCUAAACGUGGAGCAAUCACUGUUACCAUGUACAAUUUUGGAUCUCCAAGAGUAGGCAACAAACAAUUUGCUGAAAUUUAUAACCAGAAAGUAAAAGAUAGCUGGAGAGUUGUAAACCAUAGAGACAUAAUUCCUACAGUCCCUCGCUUAAUGGGCUAUUGUCAUGUUGCUCAUCCUGUUUAUCUCAGUGCUGGAGAUGUGGUAAGCCCGCCCUUUCGAUCAUUAUUAAUCUACGCAGAUCAUUUGUUCUUAGUUUUUUCUUGGAUGUGCUGUUCUAUGCAGGAGGAUAUUGAGUUCCAGAAAGAUGGUUAUAAUGCUGAGGUGAUUGGGGAAGCCACACCUGAUAUUCUUGUUAGUAGAUUUAUGAAAGGUGAGAAGGAACUCGUUGAGAAAAUCCUUCAAACUGAAAUUAAAAUAUUCAAUGCACUUCGUGAUGGAAGUGCCCUUAUGCAGCACAUGGAGGAUUUCUAUUACAUCACAUUGUUAGAGAGUGUGAAGUUAUAUUACAAAACUGUUGAAGAUCCGAAAGGCGUCGAAAAUACUACUAUCCAAUCAGUGGGAGAGAGCUAAGUGAGAGCAUGUAGUGACUCGCUCCAGCUAUAUAGGAUUCACAUUGUAUACUAUUUACAAGAGACAAGCAUCCACUGGGUCGCAUGAAAGUAUACUGUGUACCAAAUUGUAAUUACUUUACAGUGAUCUGUGGUUCAGUCCUGUAAACUUAAACAUAGACACGAUAUCAAAAGGGGACAAGAAGGUUGGAAUUUAUUAAAAUGUGUAUAGAUGACAAGGAUCUCUUUUGUUACCUACUCUAGAAUUCGAACAUGA